GGUGCGCCCGCGUCUGCGCUGACGACGCCGGAGGUGUUCCACUCGCUCAUUGACCUGCCUGAGUCGUUCAACGAGGUUGUGAUUGAGGGGUGCGACAAGAAGUGCGCGCACACGGGCCUGCCCAUGAAGGAGCCUGCCCUGUGUCUCCUCUGCGGCACAUAUGUCUGCUUUGCUUCGCCGUGCUGCACGCGCCAGCAGCGUUUCCUCAACCGCACCAUGAACCAUGGUGGGUGCACGCUGCAUGCCAACGAGUGCACGGCUGGUUCUGGCGUGUUCCUGUUGAUCAAGCACGGAUAUGUGCUGGUGCUGAGCCGUGGUCGCGGUAUCCUCCUCCCCAGCCCAUAUGUUGACGAGCACGGCGAGCCAGACCCAGGCCUGCGCCGGAGCUGCCGCCUGUUCCUGAACCACGGCAAAUAUGAGCGGUUGCAGCAGCAGUACCGCGAGCACACGACAAACCCGGCCUUUGAUCCCCUGCGUGAGCUACCGGGCCGCUGGAUCGCCAUGUGAGCGCGCCCGAUUCCCCCACCUGUGUGUGUGUGUGUCGUGUUGUGUGUGUGUGUUGUGUUGUGUUGUGUCGUGUCAUAUUGUGUGUGUGUGUGUGUGUUGUGUUGUGUUGUGUCGUUUGUACUGUGUGGCGUUGUCUCGUUUCCCUUCCUACUCCCCUCACCACUCUCUUACAAAAGCAUGACGAUGACACAAAGUUUGUGUGAACAUGUG